CGCAGGCAGCAUGGCCCAGUCAAAGGAUAAGAUGUCCGAAAUCGACGAGCACAUCAUGAAGAGAUUCGACAUCCAGAAGAGGCUGGGGAAGGGGGCGUACGGGAUCGUGUGGAAGGCGAUUGAUAGGAAGACGAAGGAAGUGGUGGCUGUGAAGAAAAUCUUCGACGCUUUCCGGAACCAGACUGACGCUCAGCGUACAUUCAGGGAGAUCAUGUUUUUACAGUCGUUUAAAAGCCAUCCUAAUAUAGUUAAACUGCACAGUAUUCACAGAGCGGCCAAUAAUAGAGAUAUAUACCUUGGUUUUGAAUAUAUGGAAACCGAUUUACACAACGUUAUUAAAAGAGGGAAUAUAUUAAAGGAUGUCCAUAAGAGGUACAUCAUGUAUCAGUUGUUGAAAGCUAUUAAGUACAUUCAUUCUGGAAACGUUAUACACAGAGACAUGAAACCUAGCAACGUGCUGUUAGACAGCUUGUGCCGGUGCAAAAUAGCCGAUUUUGGUUUGGCGCGGUCAUUGACCCAAGGCUCGGAACAGAGUAUAGGCGAUAGCGAUCCAACUUUGACCGAUUAUGUGGCCACGAGAUGGUACAGAGCUCCUGAGAUCUUAAUUGCAAAUAGGAAAUACACGAAAGGUAUCGACAUGUGGAGUUUGGGUUGCAUCCUGGCUGAAAUGUCAAUAGGAAAGCCGAUUUUUCCGGGCACUUCUACGGUGAACCAGGUGGAGAAAAUCAUGGCCACAAUCCCUACGCCAACGGUAGAAGAUAUAAAUCUCGUCUGCGUGUCUGGCGUAGGAUCCUCGAUGAUCAAAAACGCUUCUUCAGUACAGAAAAUACCACUGCAAACGGUGUUAGGAUCCGCUCCUGCGGGCGCCCUGAGUCUCAUAAGCCAGCUGCUCGUGUUUAACCCGCACAAGCGCCUAAAAGCCGACGAGGCCCUAGAACACGACUACGUGUCCAGAUUCCACGACUCCGACCAGGAAAUCAUCAUGCACACCAACGUAAUAAUACCAUUGAACGACGACAUUCGGCUCUCGGUGGACGACUACAGAAACAAAUUGUACGAGCUGAUGUCCACCCACCACCAGAGGCCGAUAAUCAAAUCAGUUUCGGUCAGGCAAAAGACUUUAGUGCCCGAAGUCUACUCGAAGGUUACCAAAAACGCGGAGAAAUACAUAAAAUCCCACGUACACCUGAAGGAAAGGUAUGUGUCCCAUUCCGAGCCUAAAAUGAACCAACAGAAGACCCACUGGCUUCACACCGCGAACAUCAGAUCCGAUUCCAAGGUGAUCAACCAGCAAAACGUAACACUGCCUCCUAACCACAGAAUUCAGUCGACGAAGGCCGCGGGAGAUUGCAACACUCACAACGCUCACAACGCUCACAUGAAAUCGAGCAGUGAAGUACCGAAACGGAGAUACAUUCCUUCGAAGAACAACCUGUACACUUCUUUUAACAGUUACAACAAAAAUCACGGUAUAAUAACCCAGAGCGCUCUACUUGAACUGAGAGCGGCAGGGUUGCGAUAA